AUGCAAGCUUUUAAAACUAAAUUAGAAGCGCGAGAAAAAGUUUCAACCGGUCAGGAGGAAAGCCCUUGUUUUUCUGGUGCUUCCCUUUAUGUUGGAAAUCGACGGAAUUUCGAUGCAAAAGAAAGAAAAUGUGCUUUUUGUGAAAACCCAGAGCACAAACCGCAAUUUUGCUCUAUUGUUUCCAAACCGACUGCGCGCUCUUCCAUUUUAAAAAGGAAAGGAUUAUGCUUUUUAUGUCUACAGUCAGGUCAUGUAGCAAGACAUUGCACAGUUACAUGGAAAUGUUUUAAAUGUAAGGGACGUCAUCAUGUGUCUAUUUGCAAUAAGGGUAAUCGAGACCAGGAUAGCAAUGAUCAGAAAGAAGGUGAGGGAACUUCAAAUAACGUGGCGAAUACUGAAUGUGAUUUUAACGCAGUUUUGUUACAAACUGCGUCUGCGGAAAUUUUUUCUGAUGAUAAAAACUGUCACAGGUGUAGAAUUUUGUUUGAUAGUGGCAGUCAAAUGUCAUACAUUUCUCCGCAAGCGGCGGAAAAAUUGAAAUUGAAAACAAUCGACAAAAAACAAAUGUGUCUUAAAACGUUUGGAGGAGCUAAACAAACUUUGGACAUGGUUAGAUUUACCGUUAAAACGAAAAAUGACGAAGAAAAUAUUACGGUAAACGCGUUCGUAUCCGAAAUAUGCUAUCCUUUGACAAGCCAAAACAUCGAGGGUGCAAAAUCUAACUACCCUUUUCUGUGUCGUCUCGAUUUAGCAGACAGUAAUCCAAAAAAUCAACCAUUAAGUGUGGAUAUUUUGAUUGGCGGGGAUUAUUAUUGGUCCUUUAUGAAAAACGACAUGAAACGUAGCACCAAAGGUGGGCCCACAGCAAUUUCAUCAAAACUGGGAUAUAUUUUAAUGCCGGAGUCAUACUACUAA